AUGAUAGCCUCCCAGCAACUAAAGGAUCUGCUUGCAGGAACUGUCACUCGUGGGGAGGGCAAUAGUUGUUUUGUCCUAGGACCACGUGGCAGCGGAAAGACUGCUAUUGUAGAUCGAGCUAUCGCAUCCCUGAACCAGACUCCGAUUGUUAUCAGGCUUUCGGGUCAUACCGAACUAAACGAUCACCUCGCACUUCGAGAGAUCGCGCGACAACUCUCUCUCCAAACAGGCAAAACCUACCUCGGUGAACUUAAUAAUGACGAUGACCAAGAUGAUGAUGGCAAUCCUUUCCUGGAUGCCGGCCCAAGCAUCGACAUCCCUCCCCCGUCCCAUCUCCCCACGUUGGUAUCAGCCUUGACCACGCUUUCGCAGCCAGUGGUAGUCAUUUUAGACGCCUUCGACCUCUUCGCGCUACAUGCUCGGCAGGCACUCCUUUACUGCUUACUGGAUACCGCGCAAAGCUGUAGAGUCGGUCAAGGACACAAUGGCAUUGCAGUCAUUGGGGUAAGUACCAGGAUAGAUACAAUCAACCUUUUGGAGAAACGGGUCAAGAGCAGGUUCUCUGGGCGGAUGUUACGUACCGCUGCUCCGAUAGAGCUGUCAUUUUGGAUGAAGCUUAUAGAACGAGUGUUACGGGCCCGAAUUGAAACCCCCGAGGAAGAGUGGGAGCUGUUAUGGACCCUGGCUAUCGACAGUUUUAUCGCAGAUCGGAAAGUGCUCGAACAAAUUCAAGAAACUGUUGCUGUUACGCACGACAUUAGGGUCCUUCAACGAAUCUUGGUUGGUAUUGUCGCUGCACUAGCUCCUUCGUCUCCGUUUCCCACUUGUGCGCAGCUCUCAUCAGCAGUACAUGCACAACGUAUACGUGAUCCAUUCCCUCACUUAAGCACAUUGCCGUACCCCUCGAUCUGUCUUCUUAUAGCUGCCGUGCAUGCUCAUACUGCUGGCCAUGACGCAGUAACCUUCGAGAUGCUUUACGACGCUUUCCGUGAACAAUACCGUGCUUCGGCAGCGGCCCCGAUCCAGGUUGCCGGAGGAAGCAUUGGCGUGUCCCGGUGUACCCGGGAAGUUCUGAUGAGGGGGUUCGAGCACCUGAUUGGUGAAAAAAUAUUCAUAUGCGUAGCCGCCUCGUCUACGAGCAUCGCUCCAGGAUUCGCUCGAUAUCGAAGUGCUUUGACCUGGGAUGAUGUCAAAAGGGCAGUCGACAAGAUGGGUAAAACGAGCUUAAAGAAGUGGCUCACAAAAGCGCAAUGA